AACAAGAAACUCCACUGAUACACUUUAUAAAACCCUUUAUUGUGCUCUCAAUUCUUGUAUAUCUUCUCCUUUUUAUGGUUGGAAUGUGUUUUAUAUUUGGUGUUUAUCAACCAUGAAUAACGUACCAAGGUCUCUCAGAUACUCUUCUCUCACCCUCUUCAAGCAAGCCAUAACAGCAGACCUUUGGCCUUUUUCUUGUACUUUCUUGUGAAUAUCUCAUCUUCAAAACCAAGAAAAAAAGAUAGCAGGGUUCGUGUUUUAUAUUGGUUUCCUGAUUCUCUUAAAAGAAAACUAGAGCAAAGAAAUGGGUAGUGGAGAGAAGAGUGUAAGAGGGUUUCAUCUACACCUGCCACAUCAUCACGGGAAGAAACAAGUAAUCAGAGAUAUUCCAAAAGGGUGUUUGGCAAUCAAGGUUGGGCAAGGAGAGGAACAACAGAGAUUUGUAGUGCCAGUGUUAUAUUUUAAUCAUCCACUGUUCAUGCAGCUGUUGAAAGAAGCCGAAGAAGAGUAUGGAUUUGAUCAGAAAGGAACAAUCACCAUCCCUUGUCAUGUUGAAGAGUUUAGGUACGUUCAAGGCAUGAUUGAUAGGGAAAAGUCCCUUCAUCACCAUCAUCAUGUUGGGUGUUUUAGAGUUUGAUUCAAAUCCUUAUGGGGCCCUAACGCUCAUCAUGAAUAACAACAAAUACCUUAUCUUUUUCUAAUGAAUGCCUUUUGGUCUUUGUAAAUUUGGAGUCUUUUAGGUUGUUUUUGUUCCUGUUUCUUACUAGACCUAGAUGUGUUAGGUUUUGGUUGGUUUCUGCUACUGAUGAUGAUAAAGAUAACGUGUUGAUGACGACAAAAUGUUGCCUGCAAAUUGUAGUGAUUUUGUUACGAACCGUACGUAAUGGAAAAGAGAAGUAACGACUUUUUUUUUUUUU